AAAACCACAACGGCAAGUGCAUGAAAAACAGUCUUUAAUUUAUCGGAUUGGUAAUGGUAUAUAUAGUACCUAUAUAGAUAUAUCGAUUGAUUGUCGUCCGGGGGUGUUGUCCACUUGAGGAAGUGGGCUGGUUGGCCAAGAGGGAAACUGGAUGACGGCCAAGUGUUGGAGUGGAUGGAUUGGAUUAUCUAGAUGGGGGAAUCACUCGACUGAGACGGAGGCCCCCAGACGGAGAUCGAGAUGGAGAUAGAGUCUGAGAUCGAGUCUGAGUCUACAGCAGAGAGACAUGCAAAUUAACGAAGGCGGGUCCAAAGACAAUGGCUACACUGCGGGAAAGUAUUAGUGAUUAUUAUUAUAUUGUUAUUAAAAGGAAGUUUUUAAGGUCUUUUUGUGAUCUUUUUAUUGCCUAAACAGUUAAUUUUUCGCUAAAUUAAGUAAGAAUGAGCCAUUUUCCUUUCCAAAUCUUAAUAUUUCAAACUUGUUAUUGAUUUCUCUCUCUGUAUCCCUCCUUUGCUUUAACAUAUGAGUAUAAUUUUUGGCCCAAGAACCGAAAAAAGGCCAACUUGGUCGCAUUAAGCCUACGCCAAGCCAAAAUCCAAAAACUCAUUUAUGGACAGAGAGGGGCUUAGUCACAUUUUCGACCUGACUCACCCGAUGAUGAUCGAAUCCCCAACUGAUCACUACUCAUUCACGCCCAUUCUGCAUAGCAUUUCCGUUGAAAGUGAAACAGCUGUUUUCCCAAUAGCGGCUUUUCGGAUCAGGUUACGUUUUUUUUUCUUUUUCACUUUUCAUGGCUGUAUGCAAUACCACUUUCCAUUUUCAUAACGCGUUUUUCAAAAAUAAAAUAAACUGAAACCUAAUGUCACCCCGAAAAAGCUAAAUGCAACUCAGCUGAUCGAUGGUCAACACACGCACACACACACACUCUCUUAGUCUUUGCUCUUGAGUGGAAAAUUGGAAAAAGAUUCGACUCUUUGGUCUCUAAUCUAAUUGCAUUUUUAUGGUUGCUUUAACUAUUUUUACACUUCAUAUUUUAUUUUUGGCCGCUGGUUGUUUGUGUUUAUGUUUUAUGGCAGAAAACGGAAAAGUUCUUUCAACUGCAGUGUUUUUGUUUUUUUGUUUUUUUUUUUUUGUGUUUCAAAAUUUGUUUACAAGUGCGUGUCGAUCUGUGGUUGCCUUUUAUUUCCAUGACUAUUUCUUUGCGGCUCGGUUAAUAAACCACAAAAAAGACGAGAGCCAAAUUAGGGCUUUCUGUUUAUUAACGGCCAUGACCAUUAGCGGUUUAUGCUAUUUUCUUUUUAUUCUUCUCAUUCUGGCUGGCUCGGCGGGCCCACAUGUCUAAGCGGCUUCCUCUGGCCCGCAGAAAAAAUGGCCAGCGCUGUGACCAAAUAUGAGGAAUUUCUUUUCAUUUCGCAUGUACUGGGAGAAAAGUUAAAAGUUAAAUAGUUUGAUUGGUAAAUUAUCUGAAUGAUAGUAAUGUACCUUUUAUACUUCGCAAUUCUUAACAUUUUAAGAACGUGGUCUUUGUUAUUAUGAUCAAUUUUGAGAUCAAAUGUCUUUAUCUAUCUAUCUAUCUAUUAUCUAUGUCACUUAUCUAGUUUAAAAGUAAUUUACUGGAUAUCUAAGUGAGAUUCAGAUUUCUUUAUACUUAUUUUUCUCACUGCUCUUACUAACUCACUUCAGAGCUACAUUUUUGGUCAUUCAUUCAGCGGCUUAAGCUUCUAAUGAAGCUCAAAGAGCUCUGAUCUGUCUCUCUUACGCUCUUCUCUUCCCACGUUAAACCGGCCACGCAAUAGCUUUUGAGUUGCUUACGAGUGAGUUAAAUAUAUAAAUGAGUUAUUAUUCAUUUAAGUGAUUAAAAUUAACAUGUUAGAAAUUAGUUUUCUUGUUAAGUUGUUCAUUUGCUUAGCUUCUAAUUCACUAGUUAAAGUGAAUUCCGUUUUUCUCCAAAGUUCAGUAAAUUCAUUCUUAUUUUUCUGCGUGAAUCUCAUAUGUUUUUUAAUAAGAGUUUGAUUACUUCUAAAAUUAAAAACAGAUCAAAAUGAACCGUUGAUAAACUGCUCUAAUCAAUCGAGUGAAUAAAUGAACAAAUGAACAGUAAAUGAGCGAGCAGAUCAAUACCGUUUAUUCACUCACAACAAAUUGAGCAACUGAUCUUGCUCACUCAAAUGACAUAGAGAGAGAGAGAGAAAGAGCAAUGUCAGCAACAACACAUUGGCCAUACACCUGCUCCGCUCACUCAUACUCACCUGCUCUCGCUCGCGCCCCCGCUCUCUCAUUUGUGACAUCUCUUCGCUCUUUUCUUUUGACGCUCUCUUGUAUCUCUUGCAUUUUGUAGCGCCGCAGCAGCACCCAAAGUGAAUUCGCUUAACACAACGCGGCGCUCAGUCAAAUUUGAACCGCGAUACCGAGCGGUUGGGCGUUUCUCUGCUAGAACUUCGUUCUCUUCACCAGUGACUGUGUGUGUGCGUGCGUUGCGUCCAUAUAUGUGUUAAUAUCUCUCUAUAUAUAUAUAUAUAGAUGUGUUUGUGUGGUGUGGCAACAACAAUUUGUUAACGCACACACUCACGCGCAGUUAACGAGCGCAAACGCAACUUGGCCCUUAGAAAAAAAAAAGUGAGAAGCUGCCACUAAAACAAAGUGCAAAAUUAUAAUAAAUAUAAUUGUUUAAAAAAAAAAGCAAAAAACAAAAAAAAACAAAAAAUCGACAGUCAAAACUUACAUAAAACAAAAACCGCGUUUAUCUGUAGUGCGAAAAAUGUGUUAAAGCAGCAACAGCAGCGAAGACGUCAACAGAAACUCUAUACAAAAAUAAAUAAAUGACUAAAUCGAGUGACUGAAUGAAUGACCGCCGUUGUGUUAUCGUCCUAAAUAAACUAAAACCGAUAAUGGAAAUCAUAAAUGAAUAAAACCAAAGAACUUAGAACCCCAGAACUUAAGUUCUUAAGUUUUCGAAAAAAAAAACAUCAGCAGCAGCAGCUGUGUUGCAUUUUUGAAAUAUUUGCCUGUCGCAAACGAGAAAUUUUCAACUUCUCCCAACUUCUUUUAAGUUGUGCGUUGUUGUUUUUGCCAUUUUUUGUUGUUGCUGUUGCUGUCUGUCGUCGGCUGGCUUUUCAUUCAAUAACCAGUUUUUUGUCAGAUUUGUUUUUUUUUUUUCCUUUAGAUUUUUGGUGAGCUUGAAUUGCUCUUUAGGGGCGAUCUGGUCUCGGAUUUUUGAUCGCUGCACACGCACUAUAAAAAUCCACAAACCCGCACUGUAGUCUGUAUCCCAUUUGGGUUUUUUUUCUUUCUUGGUCUUUAUAAAGACAAAUUAGUCAUGCCAAACGCAUGCAACGCUCUCUGCACCCAGAAAAAUAUAUCUCUUAGUGGGGGAAGUGCAUUUUGGAAGAGUUUAUUUCUUAAAUUGUUUGGUUAGAAAGGUGUAGAGGUGGCUUCCUUGUUAGAAAUUAUAACUUGCCUUAAGUAAAAAUAUUAUUUUCUUACCCAAAAAGUCAUUUAGAUAAUGAAAAAAGUACUAGAUCCUUUUGAUUUCCCUUAAAAACGUCAACAAUGCAUUAAAAACUUUAAUUUAAAGUUAAAAUUGAAAUAUUUUAAAACAUAUUCUUAAAAUUAACAAUUUUAAUAUUUGAAUAUUAACUACUUAGAUUUCCCAAAAUACUCUUUUAAUGCAGUAUUCUCACCAAUAAAUGUGUAAUUUUUCUCCCAGUGUAACCCCUAUUCUCCCUCUUUCACUUCUAUUCGUUCUCGCUCUCUCCUUCUACCUGUUAGUUCUCAACACACGGUUUUCUUGACAUGCCAGGCAUACUUAAUUCCGGCUCUCCCGUUUAAACCUGGCUUAGAAAAAUGAGAGAAAAUGCACAACUUGGCAUAACUGUGCCACCAACCAAUGGGGGUGGGAAAGAAGUGAAGAAGGAGACUAGUUAGAAAGAGCCAAGAAAGAGAGAGGCGAAAAGCCAAGUUCAGACAGUGGCAGUGAGGAAAUAUUUUUUCCGUGAAUUUAUUGUGUGAAAUUUUGCAUGUGAAUGGAAAAUGCACACGGAACACAAGCAGCAGCUAGCAACCAGCAAAUAACAAUAACAAAAAACCAUAACAAUAACAAUAACAAGCAACUAAAAAUAUGAGUGAAAAUUAUUGAAAGCAAGCGAAGUGAAAGAUGCAAAAAACUGUUGACGCUGGAAAAAAUCAUUUAAAAAAAAAACAUAAAAAAACAAAACAAAUGAACUAAAAAUUUGGUUAAAAACUAAAAACUAAAACCUAAACCAAAAUUCAAGUAAAAGUUCGCAAAAAGAAAAAAAGUGGCCAAGAAAAAUGUUUGUUUGUCAUUUAGCUGAGUUACGCCCAGCGUUUGCAUAAAUAAAUUAAAAAUUUAAAGCAGACAAAGCAAACAAAUUGGGAAAAAUAGAAGAGGGAAUAGGGAAUUUUGGAUACCCUUUAGGGAGUCAAUAAAUUUUGAGGAAUAAUCGAAAAAUUCGAAAUCAAUUUAUAUAAUUUUUUGUUUAACAUAAAAGAGAUUCUUAGACCAUUUUGAGUUUUAAACCUUUCUUAAAAACCAAAUUUGUAAUCAUAUCUCUAAAACUGCAUACUUAUCAAGACUAUAUUUAUUGAUUUUCCAUAAUAAAUUCCCAAUUAAAAUCAAACUUACCCUCUAGCAGCUGCACAAAGUAAACUAAACUCGACAAACUUUGAAUGAAAAAUGAGUUUUGAGAGAGCGAAAGAUACUUGUCCAUCGUCCGUUCAUAUCUACAUAUACGACUGACUAUAUGGGUUAUAUAUAUAUAUAUACAGAUAUAUAAUUGUAUUCGUAUCUAAUCAGAGCGACAACCCGUCUCCUGGGCCCGCAGCUGGUUGCGUGUCUAGGCAUUUAUUUAUUUAUUUAUACUUAUUGUGUGCUUACGGGUCCGAGCCAGAAAUACAGCUCCAAGCUGACCUCAUGAAUUGAAUCAAAAAAAUCACCCAUCAAAAAAGCAGAAAAGCACAAAAAAAAGUCGAGUAAAAAUCAGGGCAGAAGUGGAGAUUUUUGUUAAGCAAAUGAAAGUACACGAAAAAAAUUGGAUCGCAGUUUUGUCAUUGUGAAGAUUGCAAAAAAAGAAGUGAAGAAAAAUUGAAGAAAAGGUUAAGAAAAAGAGGGAAAAAAUGGACAUGAAAUGAUUUAAGUGCUCGCUUUUACUCUUGAGCUUUGUAUGGUGCAGCUGCGCGUCUGAUUUCAGUUUCAAUUUAUCUUUAUAAAUUUCAAUUUGGCUGCUGGGUGGGUAAAAGUGAUCGCCCUUCUCCCAUUGUAUCUUAGUAUCUUGGCAUCUGAUGGAUGCCGAUGGCGUCGGCCAUAGUUCGUUCGCCUCUGGCGACAAAAUGCACCAUGUAUGCUAGUGUAUAUAGUGAAUUAUAUCCGUAUCUGUUAGAUACAUUUCGCUCAGCACGUUUUCUUUUGGCCAACGGCCAAUUGGAACAAAAUGCCGGCAACGCCGACAAAAACAUAAACUCAACUAGAUUGGAUAUAUAAAAGAAAUGCCUCUUAUAAUACACAGGAAGAAUGAAUAUAAUGAUAAUCAUUUAGAUAUUAUUUAUUGAAAAAACAUAUAGACUUGAUCUUGAGGUUGGAAAUGUGAUUACAAAAUGGUGUUAAGGCUUGUAAUUUACCUAAAAAAACCCACUUUAUGACAGUUUUGGGUUGGUAAAGCCAAGAAAAUAGUUAAAUUAAAAUCUUUCUUAAGAUAUAAACACAUCCAAGUUUCUAAUACUUUAUCAUAGACUUUCUUUCUCUGCAUUUAGCCAACUUCCACAACGAGAACUUUUACUUAAAUUUAGUUUAGUGCUUAGUACAUUCCUCUUUGGUAUCUCGCUAAUUGCAACUCAUUUGCCAUCGCCGUUCUCUGAUGAUUUCACGUUCAAGUACGCGGAUCGCAGCGUCUGUAGCUGAAUCAUCGCGGCUAAUUUAGGAAAACAAAUUUUUAUUUAAAUUUAAAACCAACAACCAACCAACAACUCCCAACUUCAGGUCCAGCCAACCGAGAAAGAGAGAGAGGGAAAAUUAAAAUUACAAAAAGUGCCAUCGCAAAAUAAACAUUCGUAAAACUCCCAAAACGUGCUAAAAAUCGGCAAAAAAUUAAAUAAGAGUUUGCGGCGAAAGUUGACGACGGCUACGACGACGACGAGUGUGUGUGUGUUUUGAGUGUAUCUCUGAGUCUCUUAAUGUGCCACCCGCAAGAUGACAUCGCAUUCCUACUAUAAAGACCGCCUGGGCUUUGAUCCCAAUGAGCAGCAGCCCGGGAGCGGUGGCAGCAACUCAAUGAAACGUAGCAGCUCUCGUCAGACGACGCACCAUCAUCAGAGCUACCAUCAUGCCACCACUAGUAGCAGUCAGUCGCCGGCAAGAAUCUCCGUUUCACCGGGUGGUCCGGGCUUAGCCACGGUUAACAAUGGAACACUGGAGUACCAGCAGGUCCAGCGGGAGCAACGAGAUCGUGAGCUGUACAGCAACAGCAACAACAGUCACCAUCACCAGCAGCAGCAUCAUCACCAUCAUCAUCAUCGCCAUUCGGCGUCGGGUAGUGCAUCAUCGCCGCUUUAUGAGACCAGUAAUAGUCCGGGUGCACCCAAGAAGGCCAAGCACUCAUCCACCCAGGCACAGCCGCAGGGUGGCUACGAGGAUGCCCUUACCCAGUUUAAAGACGAACGCGAUGCCAUUCAGAAGAAGACUUUCACAAAAUGGGUUAACAAACAUCUGAAAAAGCAUUGGAAGUAUGCUAAGACCUAUACUAUGCUACAUGUUUGUGUUACCACAAAUGGCAUUCCCUGUUGUUCUCAGUCUGCCAAUCGUCGUGUGGUGGACUUGUUCGAAGAUCUGCGCGAUGGUCACAAUUUACUUUCACUCCUGGAGGUGCUAUCUGGCGAACACCUGCCACGCGAGAAGGGUAAAAUGCGUUUCCAUAUGCUGCAGAAUGCACAAAUGGCUUUGGACUUUUUGCGCUAUAAGAAAAUCAAAUUGGUCAAUAUACGUGCCGAGGAUAUUGUCGAUGGCAAUCCCAAGUUGACCCUGGGUCUGAUCUGGACUAUUAUAUUACACUUCCAGAUCUCCGAUAUUGUUGUGGGCAAGGAGGACAACGUAUCCGCUCGGGAGGCCCUGUUGCGCUGGGCGCGUCGCUCGACUGCUCGGUAUCCGGGCGUUCGUGUCAACGACUUUACGUCGUCGUGGCGAGAUGGAUUGGCCUUCUCGGCGUUGGUGCACCGCAACCGACCGGACUUGCUUGACUGGCGAAAGGCAAGGAACGAUCGGCCAAGGGAGCGCCUGGAGACGGCCUUCCACAUUGUGGAGAAGGAGUAUGGAGUUACGCGUCUGCUGGAUCCUGAGGAUGUGGACACCAACGAACCGGAUGAGAAGUCCCUCAUCACGUACAUUUCAUCGCUGUACGAUGUGUUCCCGGAGCCACCCUCCAUCCAUCCACUGUUCGACAUGGAGUCACAACGUCGCGUGCAUGAAUACCGCGACCUGGCCCAGCAGUUCAUCUACUGGUGCCGCGAGAAGACCGCCUACCUGCAGGAGCGCUCCUUCCCGCCCACCCUCAUCGAGAUGAAGCGUCUGUUGAGCGAUCUGCAGCGUUUCCGCAGCGAGGAGGUUAGCGCCCGCAAGCGUGAGAAAUCUAAGCUCAUCCAGAUCUACAAGGAGCUGGAGCGUUACUUUGAGACAGUGGGCGAAGUGGACGUGGAGGCUGAACUGCGUCCGGAUGCUAUCGAGAAGGCUUGGUAUCGCAUGAACACGGCGUUGCAGGAUCGCGAGGUGAUCCUUCAACAAGAGAUCGAGCGACUGGAAAGGCUGCAGAGAUUAGCCGAUAAGGUUCAGCGAGAGAUCAAGCAUGUGGAUCAAAAGCUAACCGAUCUGGAGACCCGUAUCGGUGAAGAGGGACGUCGCAUUGAGCGUCUGCAUCCCGUGGACGCCAAGAGCAUUGUCGAGGCGCUCGAAACUGAAAUCCGACACCUGGAGGAACCCAUCCAGGACAUGAACCAGGACUGCCACGUGCUCAACGAGGGACGCUAUCCCCAUGUCAGUGAGCUGCACAAGAAGGUCAACAAACUGCACCAGCGCUGGGCUCAACUGCGCACCAAUUUCCACACGAACCUGGUACAGAAGCUGUCCGGUUUAAAGUAUCCCGUCCACGAGACCACGGUGACGCGUCAAACGCGCAUGGUGGUCGAGUCCCGUCAGAUCGACACGAAUCCCCAUUUCCGUGAUCUGCAGGAGCACAUUGAAUGGUGCCAGAACAAGUUGAAACAAUUGCUUGCCGCUGACUAUGGCAGUGACCUGCCAUCGGUCAAGGAGGAACUGGAUCGUCAACAGCACGAGCACAAGAUCAUCGAUCAGUUCCACUCGAAAAUACUCAACGACGAACGCCAACAGACCAAGUUCUCCGGCGAUGAGUUGGCUUUGUACCAACAGCGUCUCAAUCAGUUGCAGAAGGUAUACGCCGAGCUGCUCAGCACCUCGACGAAGCGUCUGUCCGAUUUGGACUCACUGCAGCAUUUCCUGGGACAGGCAUCCGCUGAAUUGCAAUGGCUGAAUGAAAAGGAACAGGUAGAAAUCACGCGCGACUGGGCGGACAAACAACUCGAUCUACCCUCCGUGCACAGAUACUAUGAGCGUGCAUUUGGUAAUGGCGACGAGAACCUUAUGUCCGAACUGGAGAAGCGUGAAAUGCACUUUGCCACCAUCCUGGAUCGUGGCGAGGCCUUGCUUAACCAACAGCAUCCAGCCUCCAAGUGCAUCGAAGCCCAUUUGACCGCCUUGCAACAGCAGUGGGCCUGGCUUUUGCAGCUGACUCUCUGCCUGGAGGUUCACCUGAAGCAUGCCACCGAAUACCAUCAGUUCUUUGGCGAGAUCAAGGAUGCCGAGCAGUGGCUGGCCAAGCGUGACGAAAUACUCAACAGCAAGUUCUCGCAGUCAGACUUUGGCUUGGAUCAGGGUGAAACUUUGCUGAGGGGAAUGCAGGAUCUGCGCGAGGAGCUGAAUGCCUUUGGCGAGACAGUGGCCACACUGCAGCGAAGGGCACAGACAGUGGUGCCUCUGAACAAGCGCCGCCAGCCGGUUAAUCGUCAGGGACCAGUACAGGCCAUCUGCGCCUACAAACAGCAGGGUCAGCUGCAGAUCGAAAAGGGUGAGACGGUGACGCUGCUGGACAACUCAGGACGCGUGAAGUGGCGCGUGCGCACUGCCAAGGGUCAGGAAGGACCCAUACCAGGUGCCUGCCUGCUACUGCCACCUCCUGACCAGGAGGCCAUCGAUGCCGCCGAGCGUCUGAAGCGACUGUUUGAUCGUUCCGUGGCUCUCUGGCAAAAGAAGCAUCUGCGUCUGCGUCAGAAUAUGAUCUUUGCCACCAUUCGUGUGGUCAAGGGCUGGGACUUUGACCAGUUCCUGGCCAUGGGUCCCGAGCAGCGCACGGCCAUCCGACGUGCCCUCAACGAUGAUGCCGACAAAUUGCUCAGCGAGGGCGAUCCCAACGAUCCCCAGCUGCGACGCCUGCGCCGUGAAAUGGACGAGGUCAAUCGUUUGUUCGAUGAGUUCGAGAAGCGAGCUCGCGCCGAAGAGGAAAGCAAGCAGGCCAGCCGCAUCUUCACCGAGGAAUGCAUUGCCAUCAAGAGCAAGCUGGAAGACAUGGCUCGUGAGCUUGAUCAGAUUAUUCUGGCUCCAUUGCCACGUGAUCUGGACUCUCUGGAACAUGUGCUCGAGAUUCAUUCGGACUAUGAGCGCAGGUUGCAGCUCUUGGAGCCAGAGCUUAAGCAUCUGCAGGAGACUUUCCGCACCAUAGCUUUGAAGACGCCCGUGCUGAAGAAGAGUCUGGACAAUCUGAUGGAGCUGUGGAAGGAGUUGAACACGCAGAGUGGCCUGCACAAGGACCGCUUGAAGCUGCUAGAAGCCUCCCUAGCUGGCCUUGAGGACAAUGAGCAUGUGAUUUCCGAGCUGGAGAAUGAGCUGGCUCGGCACCAAGAUCUGCCAUCGACUGCCGAGGGACUGCAGCAGGUGUUCAAGCAACUGAACCACAUGCAGGACAUAAUCACUCAACAGCAACCGCAGAUGGACAAGAUGAACGAUGCGGCCGAUCAGCUGGGACGCAUGGGUGUGCCCACCAAGGUGCUCGGUGACCUCAAGCGUCUGCACUCGAACGUGGAGCGUCUGAACACACGCUGGAGUUCGGUGUGCAAUCAAUUGGGUGAAAGAAUGCGCUCAUGCGAAACGGCUAUUGGGCUGAUGAAGAAUCUCCAGUCGAGCGUGCAAGUGGAGGAAUCAUGGGUGGAUGGCACUACAGAGCGACUGUCUGCCAUGCCCACUGCCACUUCGGCUUACGAACUAGACAAACUGCUCGGAGCUGCAAUCGAACGAAAACCAAAAAUCGAAAAUGUCAACGUGGCUGGAGGACGACUUAUACGCGAAGCCAAGAUCUACGAUAGCAAAUGCCUGCGCUUUGUGGACUGGCUGCUCGAGGCCCGGCCAUCGUUUUCGCCACCACGUCGGGAUCUCCGGCCGGCGGACAGCGAUCCGGGCGCCACACAGUAUUAUAGUCAACGUUUGGACAACCUGAAUACGAAAUACGACAGAUUGCUGGAACAACUGUCGCAGAGGCUAAAAACUGCCAUCGAAGUUAAUGGCAGCGAUGGUCUGCAAUACGCUGAGAGUCUACAGAAACCGCUCAAGACCUUUAGGGUUGACUUCAGUGCGGGCAGCGUGCCAACUGGCGAUGGCUACGCUGCACGCCAGGAGGAUCUCUACACCACUACCUAUAGCACUACACAAUUCAGCUCAACGAAAACAACGAAAAGCUCUACGAAGAGCGUCUACAAUAGCGAUGGCUUGGAUGCCGCUAGUCAAGAGGUUAGCACCGCUAGCCUGCCCCAGUCCCAGAUCCAGUUCAAUGAAAUCCGUACGCUUAAGCGCUCCCAACAGCUGGGUGGCCAAUCUGUGCUGGAUAUAGCCGGAAUUCGUGAUCCGCGUACGGGUCGCAUUUUAACCAUUGGCGAGGCCAUACAGCUACGCAUUCUGGAUGUGCGGACUGGAGAGAUGUUAGUGGGUGAUCGCCGCAUUACGCUAGAACAAGCUGCCGACCAAGGACUGAUUGAUGCACAACUAGCCAGGCAAUUGCUUCAUCCCGGAGCAGGGCGAGAUGCUAGCGGUCGAGAGCUGUCACUACUGGAGGUUAUACAGCGCGAGAUUACUGAAGCGGAAUCCGGUUACGAGACGGCAGAGAAGCGGAUCAAGGUAAACAACACGGUCACCGUAGAGCAAGCAACCGGAGAGCUGGGCUCUCCUGAGAAUCCCCGCAACAUUGCCGACGCCAUUACCGCGGGGAGUGUGGACACCAAGACGGGCCUGUAUCGCGUGAAAUCUGGCCAGACGAUCAGCCUGGCGGAGGCCUACGAGCGCGGCUACCUCAUCCGGCACGAAUCGGUGACAAUCAAGUCGAAUGCGCUGUGCCUGAGCGAUGCGAUUGCGCAUGGCCUGGUCGAUGGCGCCGGCUGGAUAGCGGAUCGUAACUCCGGCGACAAGUUCCGUCUGGACUCGGCCAUUGCCAAUCAACUAAUAGACGCGAGUGUACGUGAAGUGGUGGACGCGAAACGCGAUACGAAGAUCACACUGCAGGAGGCACUGCAGUCGGGCGUUCUGAAUGCCAAGACGGGUCGGUACGUUAACGAGGUAACCAAGGAGAAGUUAACCUUCGCGGAGGCGCGUAAUCGUCAGUUAAUCGUUAAACCCUACACGCUGAAGGACAUCUGCGAUCUGAACCUGCUCGAUAAACAGGAACAGAUCACGAGUCCCAUGCGUCGCGAGAAACUGAGCAUCAUGCAGGCCAUCGAGGCCGGUGUACUGGACGGUAACCUGCUCAAAUGCAUCACCAAACGUAAAGGUGAAUUGGUCACCCUUCAGGAGGCCAUUGCCGACGGUAUUGUACUGCCUGCGGAGUGCAAGUACCGCGACUUUAUGACCGGCGAGCUGAUCAGCAUUCCGGAGGCGGUAGAGCGCGGUCUGAUCAGCUCGGUUGCCCAGCGUUCGAUCUUUGACAUUGACGGGUUCAAGGAUCUGAGAAGUAAUGACUAUGUUAGCUUUAAUGUGGCCCUGUCACGCGACCUUUUGCGUCGCAAGAGCACGGGCUUUGCCUUAGAGACCGGUAGGGAUAGUCUAGUGCCACUGGAGGUGGCUGUAGGUGAGGGACUUGUCCGUCAAGAGGUUUACGAGAUGUUUAGCCGCGGCAUUGGGGUUCAGAAUGCCAGUGGCAAGGAGCUUAGUGUCUUUGAUUUGGUCUAUCACAAUCUGAUUGACCCGAAGACGGGAUAUCUGUUAGAUCCCAAGACAGGAGAGACAGUGCCCUUGGACACUGCCAUCGAGCGGAAGUUCAUCACUCCCGAGGGUGCUCUCCUUCUGAGCAGUUUGCUCAACAUCACUCUAACCACGGAGACUGUGACGCGAACAAUAAAUCGUUAUGUGACAAUCAGGGCUGGCUCCCAGGAGCCGGGCGACAGUGUGCUGCUUACCUUUACGGAGGCAGUGCGUCAAGGUUUCAUCGACGAAGAAAGACAACUCUUCAAAGAUCCCAAAACGGGCAACAUUUACUCUGUACAACAGGCCCUUAACUAUGGCUUGUUAGUUCCCGAUAGCAAUCAAACUGUCCCGGAGCCAACGAAUAGAAAGAAAACCAAGUCCACUAUUACCAUUGUGACCAAGCAAAUUAUACCUGAGGCAGAGCCCAUCAAGCUCAAUACCCAGCACACCAAAUACGUGGAGAAGUCGGUGGAGAUUCCCAUUUCUCAGGAACUAGUGAAGCCACAGAGGGUAGUCUCCGAGUUCUUAAACAUGGAAAAGAGCAGCUACAUUGAACAGAAUGUGACUGAGAGGCAGAUCAUGGAACUGCCACCAGGAGGUUGGCGACUCAAGGACGCCAUUGAGCAGCGACUGUUUAACCCGGAUACGGGUGUAUUCCAUGUCCAGGGCACCGAUCGCUUGGUUAACUUUGAGGAGUGCAUCAACAAGCAGAUCAUUAACAAUCUUUCGGUUUCAGUAAUUGAUCCCAGCACUGGGGACAAGAUCUCAGUGCAGUCGGCCUUUGAACGUGAUAUCUUGGAUAGUUAUGGUAACUACACCAACAGCAGGAAACAAGUACAGGGUAUGCGUAGUGCCAUUGACGAGAGUAAGAUCAUUUUGGAAACAGUUCCAGCUACAAGGGGUUCCAGUCAAAAGACAAUUCUGCGCAUCACUAGGGUUAACAACAUUCCGGAUGUGCUAGAGGUUUCCACACCCCUAAAGGAUGCUCCGCCCAAGUUCGUAGAGGUGCUCACCUGCCAACGAGAGCUUGCCUCUCCAGAGCCCCUGCAAAUUGCCCCAGGCGCUAUCUACGAUCCGUCCACAGCUCUGGUGAUCUUCACACAAACUGGCGAGACUGAAAACAUCUUCGAUGCCGCCCGUCAGGGAUUAGUAGAUGAGCAGCUAAUCAAGAUUGUGGAUCCCACAACGAAGAAACAGAUUUCCGUAACCGAGGCCAUAGCACGUUCUAUUUACGAUCCCAAGACUUCCACCAUUUUGGAUUCCGAGGGACAACCCGUGGACCUUAUUACAGCCACAAAGCUGGGUCUUUUGAGUGUGGUGGGUGCUCCAUUGGUUGCCGCCGAGGGAGCUCUAAGAACGGUGCGUUUCGUUACCGAUCCCCGAACUGGUGAGCAAAUCCCAGUGGAGGUAGCCUACGAGCGAGGCAUUGUCUCACGGGAUCAGCUGCAUCGCGGUAGAUCCUUUGACAGUGAACCAGCGACGAUCGAGGAGAAGGUGGUAGUACUCCAGAGGAUGCGCAAGGUCAUUCUGAAGCCAAAGGAUGCUCUACGCAAGGGAAUUAUCGAUCAGGAGACCUGUGAAAUACUAGAGAAUACGAGCAACUUCACCAAUACCAAGGGUGAGGUGGUCACCAUUACCGAGGCUCUUAAUGCAGGUCUGAUUGAUGGACGACGAGGUAAGAUCAUCGAUCCUCAGAGCAAUCGCGUGCUCAACUUCAGGGAGGCAGUGGAAGAGAAGAUUUUAGAUCCCGAACAGACCAAUCAUAUUCUCAUGCCAUUGGCCAAGAGCUUAUCGGUACCCCGCCUAGCAGAUCAGGGAUUGAUUGAUCCUCAGACACAGACUAUUGUCCACCCGGAGAGCGGUUAUCCACUGAGCAUCCAUGAGGCGAUAGUAUGCGAGGUGCUGGAUCCCCAUUCCACACUGCACAAGCCAGAAAAAUGCACCCUGGAAGAGGCAAUCACUAAGGGCAUCGUCAACGCCGAUGAUUCCACAUUCAACUACAAAAACAAGACCCUUAACAUUACCGAGGCCAUCGAAGCCAAGCUCUUCGAUCCAAGCUACGAUAAGCAAAAAUCCAAGGUGGAAAUUCCGCCGGUGGGUAUGAUAUUCCCAGUGGCGGUGGAGAAGAGCCUUGUGGAGCCGUCAAAGCGUGUGGUUCUCCAUCCAAGUACGAAGAAAUCUCUACCCAUUAAGCAAGCCAUCGAAGAACACUUCAUUAUGUCCGUUCCGUACUCCCCGAAGCCAGAUGCUAUCGAGGUAGUGGCUGCCAUGGAGCGAGAUCUGAUCGAUGUGGCUGCCCAAACGCUGACGGUGCCGUCCACUGGGGAACGUAUACCCCUGCGUCAAGCCAUGGAAACUGGUGUUCUCGUGGUAAAGAAUCUUUCAGAUUUUGUGGUUACCCAGAAACCCAUUCCCAAGACCGAGAUCAUGGAAACAGUGCGUGCCGUGCACACGGUGACCACCAAGACCAUUGAGCUGAUGCAGGGCUACGUUCUCAUCUCCAACAACGAGGUGCAGAACGUUAACACCGGCGAAGUAUGCAGCUUGGAGGAGGCCAAGGAGCUUGGAAUCCUGCGCGAAGAAUCCACAACUCGGGAGACCAAAGCAUCGGCAGGCGAAAGUCCGGAAUCAGUGGCUGUCCUAACCCCUGGCAGUGAUCAAACUGUUGUAGUUGAGGAACGCACCCAGACAGUGGUGGUAAGUUCUGAUACCCACAAGCAGGAGAUGCAAGUGGUCAGCACAACGCAAUCUACCAAGGAAACAGCCAUUCCAAGUGCAAAUGAAACCGAGACGAAGGGCACUAAGGAGCCAUCGAAGACAUUGCAGAAUGUUAAGGAUGCCGCUAAAUUGGGGGCACUGGGAGUCAUCGCAGCUCCUGUACUGGCUGGUGGAGCCAUCGUGAGUGGCGUUAAAAGUCUUAUUAAAUCUGUGAAGUCUCCCACGGAAGAUGCCAAGACCACUGCAAAACCAGAACAACCUCAGGUCAGCUUCAUUGACCAGGAACGCCGCAAUGUGCCACAGCAGCCGCAGCAAGUGCCAAAUGAGGUGGACAAUCUCCUCAACGAAACGGAGAACUUUAUCAGUUCCACAACUGCCAACUUCAUAGCCAAUGAGAAACAGCAAGAGAAGCCCAAAGAGCUGCCACGUGAAGAAGUGACGCCCUUGGAAGUUGAAUCAACCAGCACCCUGACCACCACAACAGUCACAACAAUAACUACCUCAAAAACAACAACGGAGUCUGGAAACCUACAGCCAGCUGUGGUGGAAGAUGUUACCACCACCACCACUGUUGAGGAGAUUCCAGUUGUAGAUGCGGUGAAGGAAGACACCGAGAAACCCAAGGAAGAUAAAACUGAUAUUGUCAAGGUCACUGAAACUAUUACCACUGUGACAACGAAAGAUUCUCUGCCAGAAGAAACAUCUCCAAAGGAAUCAACUUCUGAAGAACCUAAAAAGGCAGAACCGGAAGUUGCAAAACCAGCUGAAAAGAAGCCUCUUGAAAAGGAACAAACCCCAGAACCAGCUCAAAAGGUGAUAGCUUCCGAGACAGUCAAAGAAGUCUUUACUUCUGAGCCUGUUAAGAAGGAGAAAACUCCCGAACCAGCUAAGGUCACACAAAAAGAAACUUCUCCUGCUCCAGGCACCCAAAAAGAACCUUCUCCUGAACCCACUACCAAGCCUGAGCCCAAACCAAGAACUGCUUCCAAGGAAAAGGCUCCUGAAAUCGAGCCACCAUUUACUGCUCCACUGGCUCCAUUUGUUGAUCAAGUCACCGAGACCAAAGUAACAGAAAUUACCACCCAAAUCGAAGAACCUGUUACAACCUCUCAAACUAUCACUACCAUCACAACAACUGUAACCACAACCGAAGAACAACCCCAGGUUGAGGAAGUGACUGUGAUUAGCCAGUCUCAGGAUAUUGUGGAUGAGCCAGUUAAGGAACCUACAGUCCAAGAGCCCAGUAAAGUAGAGGAACCAAAGGAGGUGACUAAGCCUGAAGACAGCAGUACUGUGGUCCUUGAAGAAAGGGUUGUUACUAUCGAAGAGCCAACUAUCACAGAAUCUACAGUAACCACAACAACAAUUACAACAACCACAACUACUACAAGUAGUGCGGAGGAUCUACCCCAAGAGAUCAUAGAAACAGUAAAGGAGACUGCUCAACCCGCAGACACACCGAAGACCACCAACGGUGAUGAAAGCCAACCAGAUGAAAUUGUUGACACUGCAAAGAAAACGCCAGAGCAGGAGCCAGUGACACCUGUCCCAGCUCAACCCACUGAGACAUCUCAAACCACUGAAACUGUUACCACAACUACCACCAUUAAGGAAACACCACAACAACCUAGUGAUCUUGAGCGUAUUUCGGAACCUCAACCAACUUCGGACAAACAUCAAUCAGUGGUUGACUUCAUUGAGCGAGAGAAGGGCACACAGCCAGCGGGGGAAAGUGGCAGCAAUAUUCUGAAGAACGUCAAGGAUGCAGCCAAGUUGGGCGCUCUGGCCAUUGUGGGAGCUCCCGUCCUCGCUGGCAAGGCUUUGGUCGAUGCCCUGACCACGGAAAAGACACUCAAACCAGAACAAUCCACAACUCAAGUGGUGACGCAGACAGUGGAAGAACUGCCAGCGGAUGAAAUCUCCACCACCAGCACCACAUUAGUAACCAAGGUCACCACUACCACCACCACCACAACAACAUCAACCGUUGAGGGCACGCCUGAAGAUGAAGCCCGCGAUGUUGUGGAGCUUCCUGCUGAAUCAGUAGAAACCACUGGAAAACGUGAAGUGCCCAGGACACUGGCCAUUGGUGAUGCCAUCUCUCAAAAACUGAUCAGCCCCGACGAGUGCCAGGUGAUAGUGGAUGGCGAACAGCAGUCGCAGACUGUGUCCACGCUGCUCAAGGAGGAGCAGCUGAGUCCAUUAGAUGAAGUGCAAAUCAUUGACGAGAAGCUGAUAGUACUGCAACAGGUAUCCUACCUAGUAGAUGCGGACACCGAGCUAACGCCCGAGAAUCUGAGCGACCUUAAUAUCUACGAUCCCGAGAAUCAGUACUUUAUUGAUCCCAGCACUGGGCAGAAGAUCUCCUUCCACACGCUGGUAUUCGACAUGAAUGUUUUUAACCCAGAAACCAUCUUGGUGAAAAACUUCAGUACCGGCAAGUACGAGACUCUGACAGCAGCUUUGGAACGUCCACUUCUGGACAGGCACACCGGUCACAUGGUUGAUCCCAAGACAGGCAAGAAAAUUCCAUUCUUUGAAUGCAUUUCCCGCCAAUGGAUAAUCCGGGCCAAUCCCGAAGAACAACGACCAUCGGGCAUCGAGAACGUGACCAUUGACACACAGACCGGACAGGUGGUUCUUGACGAUGGUCGGGUUUGCUCCAUUGUUGAGGCCAUCAACAGUGGCAAGCUGGACAUUCAGUCGAUAUCGGUGCGCGACCCAGUCAGCGGUGAGGUGAUUCCACUGCGUAUGGCAAUUGAGUUGGGGGUGGUAGACAUGCAGGCAGGCACAGUGAUAGACAUCCAGACGCUCAAAGAGAUUCCCAUGGAGGUGGCCUUCCAGCUGGGUUUCCUAGUACCCGGUGCACGCAAGCCCAUCUCCCUCGAAGCUGCCGUUCGCAAGGGUCUCUACGAUCCCGAGACGGGCAAACUUUUCGACUCCGAGAGUCAGAACCAGGUUGACGUUCAGAAAUCCAUUGAAAUUGGUUUAGUAGAUCCAAAGAUCUCUUUGAUUGUGGAUACGGUUACCAAGAAGGAAGUGAAGCUGGAUUGCGCCAUCGAAGAUGACUUGGUGCUUCCAGCCACUGGUCAAAUUAAGGACAACAAGAACAACACCCUGGUGCCGUUCGAUGUGGGUGUGCAACAGCGCCUGCUGAAAACCGACAGCGUCACCUGGAGUCUACCGGAAUUGCUGCAGCGUGAAUACUAUACGCCCAGCACUGGCAGGGUUCUCAAUCCUGUUACCGGUGAGGAGAUCCUUCUCCAGCAGGCUAUUGAAAUGGGCUUUGUAGAGCUAGAGACGACACUGGUCAAGGAUGCCGAUCAUGACAAGAUUUUGCCUGGCAAGGAGGCAGCAAAGGUGGGUCUGCUAGACACGGUUCGUGGCACGCUAAGCUCGCCCAACAUCAGUCUUGAUGAGGCCUUCGUCAAGGGUUAUCUUAUCAGCACCAAGAAACCGCUGUCCCUUGUCGAUUGCCUGCUGCGUGGUCUCUACGAUCCUUCGACAGCCAAGUUUACCAUCGACGAUAAGCAGCUGGACCUUAAGUCCGCCAUUGCCCAGAAGCUCAUCAAUCCCGAAGAGCUGGUAUUGCUUGAUCCUAAGACAGAGUCCAUUAUUUCCAUUUCCGAAGCAAUAGCCAAGGGCUAUCUUGAUCCCAUUGCUGGAUUCGUAAUCAAUCCUUAUGCCUCCACCAAGUUGUCCCUCAACGAAGCUCUGGAGAAUCGCAUUCUCAUUCCGCCCAAGCGCAAGCGCAGCCUGCCCGAUGCUGUCUACCGGGGUCUCUAUGAUCCCAAGACGGGUCAGUUCAGCAACACUGUGACUCGCGAGAAGCUAACAACUGAACGUGCCAUUCGUAGAGGUAUCCUCGAUCCCGAUUCGACGGUCGUCAAUGUGGGUUCCGGUCAGAUCAUUCCAUUUGGUGUGGCCACCGAGACGGGUAUCGUGGACAGUAGACAGGGUACGGUGAGGGAUGCCGAUGACAAUCCCAUUGAUUUCAAGGAAGCCUUCGAUCGAGGUGUUUUGGUUGAAGCCAAGAAGCCACUGCGCCUCAUUGAGGCGGUGGUGAAGAAUGUCUACGAUGAGGUGGAUGGACACUUUGUCGAUCCCAAGUCGGGCGAGAAACUCAACUUUGCCGAAGCCUUAAACACCAACUUACUGGAUGAGCACAGUGUUCAGAUCAGGGAUUUCAAGACGGGUCUUUACAAACAGCUGAAUCUAACCCAUGCCAAGGAUGAGGGUAUCAUUGAUGCCCAGAAUUCGAAGCUGCUGUAUAACAAUCAGACAAUGACCCUCAAGCAUGCCUUUGACAUUGGCAUCCUAAUGGAUGUCAAUGCUCCCAUCAGUAUUCAGAGGGCAAUUCAUCAGGGACUCUUCGAUGACAAGACUGGCAAGUUGACCGAUCCCAGAACUGGUCGCCAGAUCACUCUGCUCGAAAGCAUGCGCAGUUUCGGGAUUAAUCCUCACCUGCCCUGCUACUUCGAUGAACAGACAGAGCAGAUGUACACGCUGAGUGAGACUUGUCGCAAUGGCAUUAUCAAUAGAAGGGAGGGUGUCUUCCGGGAACCGGGAAGCAAUAGUUUUGUUCCCCUGGGUGAGGCCCUGAGCCUGGGUCUAAUUGUUGACAUCGAGAACGCCGGCUUUGGUCUGUACGAGCUACUAUCCAUGGGCUUCUAUGACACUCCCACACGCAAGGUCCUACAUCCGGUUACCAACCGCAAGCUAAAUCUGAACGAAGCUUGCGUGGAGGAUGUGGUUAGCUUGUCUUCCAGCUUGGUCAAGCACCAUGAGACUGGCAAGUACCUUCGGUUAGCCAAUGCCAUUAAGGAGCAGUUAAUUGAUGACUCUAGGGGUUCCUAUAAUCUGGGCAGCGAGCAGUUGGAUCUGCAGGAAGCUAGGGCCAGGGGCUUGAUAGUUUCUAAUCGACGUCUUCUCAGCCUUGAACUCGUCCUGCGUCAACAACUUUAUCGUCCCGAAACAGGCAAGUUCUGUGAUCCUACAACAGGAGAAUACCUCGACCUCAUUGAAGCAAUUCAUUCGGGCUUCAUAGAUCCCGCGACGACCGUGUUUAAGAACCAACUCACCGGCAAAGAGCUGCCGCUAACUGAAGCUAUAGAGAAUGGCGAUAUUGAUAUUUCCAAGGGUAGGGUAUUCGAUCCGAAGUCCAAGUCAGCUUAUAACUAUGAUGUAGCACUAUCGCGUGGCAUUCUCGUGACCAUUACCCGUCCUCUAACCGACCGUAAUGAUGUUGUCCGUCGCCAGGAUAGCGUCGAGUUAUUAGGACAAACGCCCGUUAGCGUUGUGAUAAGCAAACCGCGAGAAAUGUCCCUCGAAGAGGCCAUUCGUUAUAACAUAAUCGAUCCCAAGACCGCUCUUGUUCGCGAUUUCGAUAGCUUUAAGUGCUUACCGUAUUCGGUUGCCGUGGAACGCGGUCUCGUGGACACCACCAAGCGCACACUCGUCGAUCCAAAGGCCCUGUACUUUGCCUUUGAUCCCACUUUAAUCGUUUACAUUCGCGAACCGAUCACCUUUGACCAGGCGGCCGAGUCUAAGUGUCUGGACUUGCAAACCGGAUUGCUGACCUAUGUGCCAGCAAGUGGACCUGCAUCCGCACCAGCCACGUCAGCCAACGACGACAGUGCAAACGAUUCUCUGACUGUCAUCGAGACGCCCAAGGUAUACACGCUCAAGGAGGCCGCCAGUGCGGGUGUAGUAGAUCCCGACUCAGCACUGGUCAAGGAUCUGGCCAAGGCCAAGUUGGUCCGUUUGCCGGAGGCCUUCCGCAAGGGCCUUAUGGAUGCCAACAAGGCGAAUGUACUCAAUACCCAGACCUCGAAGCUCUGCACCCUGCAGGAGGCAUACGAGAGUGGCCUGAUCUGUACACCCAAGCGCUCAUUUGGUUUGCUAGAAGCCAUCACCUUUAACCUGUACAACCCAACCAAUGGAUGCCUAGUUGAUCCCUUCCAAAUGCAUCCCGACAUCAUCCGCCGUCGCAAGUUCACUCUGGCCGAGGCCAUUGGCUCAGGUUUGGUGGAUCCAUCGUCGACGGUAGUGCGUGAUCCCAAUACAGGGGUCAUUCUACCACUGGCGGCAGCCAUUAGCAGUGGCUUAAUCGAUGCCAACGAUGGUCGCCUGACCGAUGCCAAUGAGCCCAAGAACAACAUUGACCUGGUGAAGGCCGCCGAGAAGGGUCUGCUCCUGCCCGCAGAACAGAGGCAAGCAGUAUUCGAGAAGUUCAACAUGUGCGAGGAGAACGUUAAUGAUCUGUUAAAAUGGGUCACCACUGUGGAACAGAAAAUCUCAAGUGUUGGCGGACCUCGCGAAAAGAUCGAUGAGUUACGCAACCAGAUUAAUGCCCUUAAGCAAAUCAAGGAUGAGAUCGAGUCUCAGCAGCGACCAGUUGCCACUUGUUUGGAGCAAAUCCGUCAGAUUGUGCUCACCGGUGGCGAUGUUCUGUCUGCCCCUGAAGUGACCACUCUGGAGAACUCUGGUCGAGAGUUGCGUUCUCGUGUCGAUCGUGUCAAUGAUCGUACGGUGCGCUUGCUCCGCCGCCUGGAAGCUGGCCGAGAUGAGUUGACCAAGCUGCGUAGCGAGUUGGAUGUCUUCUCCGAUUGGCUGCAGGUUGCCCGACGCACUCUCGAGGACAAGGAGCGUUCCCUGUCCGACCUAACUCGUCUACCCUCGCAGGCGGAUUCGGUUCGAGAGUUUGUUAGUGAUGUGAUUGGUCAUCAGGCUGAUCUGCGCUUCAUCACCAUGGCUGCCCAGAAGUUUGUGGACGAGAGCAAGGAGUUCUUGGCCAUUCUCAAUGACUUCCGUACUUCACUACCUGAACGUUUGCCACAUGUGGAACCGCUUUCCAGUGCCGAAAGUCCUAUCCGUCAAGAGGUGUCGCUGGUCUCGGCGCAGUACAAGGAUCUGCUGAACCGUGUCAACGCUCUGCAAGAUCGCGUGUCCGGUUUGGGUGGACGCCAGCGUGAGUACCAGGAUGCCUUGGACAAGGCCAACGAGUGGCUGAGGAGUGUACAUCCACGUGUUUCGCGUAUUAUCUCCGAACCGAUUGCUGGUGACCCGAAGGGAGUCCAAGAUCAGAUGAACGAAGCCAAGGCCCUGCACAACGAGCUCCUCUCCAGUGGCCGUUUGGUGGACAACGCCCAGCAGGCUCUUGACAAUCUGCUGCGCAGUCUUGGUGGCCAACUUAGUCCCAUGGAGAUCAAUCAGCUGGAGCUGCCUAUUGCAGAUCUUAAGAACAACUACCAGCAGCUGUUGGACAACCUGGGCGAGCACUGCAAAACUUUGGACAAGACUCUGGUACAGUCGCAAGGAGUACAGGAUGCUCUGGACAGUCUUGUGGGAUGGGUCAACCAGGCUGAGGAUAAGUUCAAGGUCAACCUGCGUCCCGCUUCGCUCAUCAAGGAGCGUCUGCAGGAGCAGAUCCGCGAGCACAAGGUCCUGCUGGCCGAUCUUCAAUCUCACCAGGCCAGCAUUGACAGCGUCCAAAUCUCGGCCAAACAUCUGCUUGCCAGCGCCUCGAAUGCCCGAAUUGCCAAGAAGGUGGAAUCGAAUCUUAACGAUGUGACGGUCAAGUUCGAGAAACUGUACGAGAAGGCCAACAAGCGUGGCGAGUUCUUGGACGAUGUCUACAACCGUCUAGGCAGGUAUCUGGAUGAGAUCAGCACUGUGGAGCAGCGUAUGGCCAGUUUGCAAGAGGCAUUGGAUAGCCGUGAGACCAGCCUGCUUUCCACCGAAGAGUUGGCUCGCCGUAUGAACGAGCUGUCCCGUGACAAAGAUCAACUGGCACCGCAAUUCGAGGAUUGCGUGCGCAAUGGCAAGGAUCUGAUUAGCCUGCGCGAUGUCACCGAUACCGGAGUGCUGCGUGAUCGCAUCAAGGCACUGGAAUCUCAGUGGCGCAACAUUAACAUCAGCAUUGAUGAGCGCGCCAAGUUGUCCAAGCAGAAGGCCGAGCAACAGCUGGCUUAUGAGGGACUGAAGGAUCAGGUUCUUUCCUGGCUGGCCAGCACCGAAGCGCGAGUUAACGGUCUGCCUCCAGUAGCCAUCGAUCUGGACAGGAUUAAGCAGCAGCACGAUGAGCUGAAGCCAAUCUGCAAGGAUUACCGCGACUAUGCUCCAACUAUUGACAAGAUCAACGAUAUUGGAGCGCAGUACGAUGCUCUGAUCCGUCCGGAGAGUCCUGCCCGCAAACGGUCUACUUAUAGUCCGAUUAAGCGAGCAAGUCCGCUGCGACGCAUGUCCGGAGAUGCCAGAAGCCCCAGCCCCACCAAGGGAGGCAUCCUGUCGCCACUAUCGACUGGUUCCAGUGGAUUCGGUAGCCGCAGAUCCUCCCAGGACGGUUUCCAGCUGUCUGAGCUAUCUCCGGUGCAGCAGCAGCUGAGCGAGAUCAACAAUCGCUACGGGCUGAUUGGCGUGCGCCUGAAUGAUCGCCAACAUGAGCUGGACAACCUUAAUGAGGAGCUGCGAAAGCAAUACGAGAACCUCAAGGGAUUGGCUCAGUUCCUGGAUCGUAUCCAACGCCAGCUUCCUAAGGAGUCUGUAUCCAACAAGGACGAGGCAGAACGCUGCAUUAAGCAGGCCCGAAAGAUCUUGGAGGACAUGUACGAAAAGCAGAGCCUACUUGACACCACCAAGGCUCAGGUCAAGGACAUCCUCCGACGUAAGUCCGAUGUACCCGGCGCCGAACAGUUGCGCCAGGAGAACGAUAGCAUCCAAGAGAAGUGGAAGAAUCUCAACGACAUCUGCAAGAACCGCAUUGCCUUCUCCGAGAAGCUGCGUGACUUUUUGGAUACCCAUGGAAACUUGAAGAGCUGGCUGGACAGUAAGGAGCGUAUGCUAACCGUGCUGGGUCCCAUCUCUUCCGAUCCCCGUAUGGUCCAGAGCCAAGUGCAGCAGGUGCAAGUGCUUCGCGAGGAGUUCCGUACUCAGCAACCCCAGCUUAAGCACUUCCAGGAGCUGGGACAUGAUGUGGUUGACCAUUUGGCUGGCACACCCGAUGCCCAGGCCGUCGAAAUCAAACUGAAGGACAUUCUGGGCAAGUGGGAGGAUUUGGUUGGAAAACUGGACGAUCGUGCCAAUAGCUUGGGCGGUGCCGCUGACAGUUCCAAGGAGUUUGAUGCAGCCGUCAAUCGUUUGCGUGAGGCUCUGCAGAACAUCAGCGAUAAUCUGGAUGCCCUGCCCACAGAUGGCGAUCACCAAGAGAAUCUACGCAAGAUCGAAAACCUAGAGCGACAGCUCGAAGGUCAACGUCCUCUGUUGGCUGAUGUAGAGCAAUCCGCUGCCACCCUCUGCAACAUUCUGGGUGAUCCUGCCUCACGUGCCGAUGUGAACUCUCGUGUGGCUGCUCUGGAGAAGCAGUACUUGGCGCUCCAGAAGAAACUGGACACCAAGAAGGCAGAAACGGAGGCUUCGCUACGCGAUGGCCGCCACUUUGCCGAGAACUGCUCCAAGACUCUUGGUUGGUUGGGAGGAGAGCUCUCUAACCUGACCGACCGACUGCUGGUUUCCGCCCACAAACCCACACUGCAGCACCAGAUCGACACCCAUGAACCGAUCUACCGUGAGGUGAUGGCCCGUGAGCAUGAGGUCAUCAUGCUGAUCAACAAGGGCAAGGAUCUUUCCGAUCGCCAACAGGAUCGUGGAGUGAAACGUGAUUUGGACCGAAUCCAACAGCAGUGGGAGAAACUUCGUCGUGAAGCCGUCGAUCGCCACACCCGACUUCAGACUUGCAUGGAGCAUUGCAAGAAGUAUUCCCAGACCUCGGAGACCUUCUUGGCCUGGUUGCGCACCGCUGAGGAUAAGUUGUCGGAUCUAACGCCCGGCGUUUUGUCCAAGGCUAAGCUGGAGACGCGUCUGCGUGAUCUGCAGACCUUCCGUAGCGAGGUGUGGAAGCAUUCCGGAGAGUUCGAAAACACCAAGGGAUUGGGAGAGACGUUCCUCACAAGCUGUGACAUCGACAAGGAACCGAUUAAGGCCGAACUCCAGGACAUCCGUGACCGCUGGGAGAGAUUAAACAACGAUUUGAUUGCCCGUGCCCAUGAGAUUGAGAACUGCUCGCGUCGUUUGGGUGACUUCAAUGAUGAGCUGCGAAACCUGGACCAUUCGUUGGGUCGUUGCGAGGAUCGUCUUGCUGCCCACGAUGCUCUUGGUGGAGCCGCCAAGGAUCCGAAGCUUCUGGAGCGUGUUAAGGCCAUUCGCGAAGAGCUCACCAACUUGAGCAAGCCCCUGCAGUCGCUCAAGGCUUUGGCCAAGGACAUCAGUGCCGAGGCCAGGGCUGCUGGUGGCGAUGCUGACCAUUUGACCAGUGAAGUCGAUGGUCUGGCUGACCGUAUGUCCGAGCUUCAGGGACGCCUGGAUGAUCGCUGUGGCGAACUGCAAUCCGCAGCCACCGCUGUGUCCCAGUUUAACGAACAAAUGAAGAGUUUGGGCAUCGAUCUGAACGAUCUGGAGACGGAGAUUGAGAAGCUUUCGCCACCUGCCCGUGAGAUUAAGAUCGUGCAAGGGCAAAUCGACGAUGUUGGCAAGAUCCAGAACAAAUUGGAUCGUCUGGUGGGUCGUUUGGAGGAUGCCGAGCGUGCCGCUGACGUUUUGGUGGAUGCUGGAUUCGCUGCUGAUACCACUCAGACCCGCGAACAAAUCUCGACUCUGCGAAAGACCUUGGGUCGCUUGGAUAACCGAGUGCGUGAUCAUGAGGAGAAUCUCCAUGCUACUUUGAAGGCUCUACGCGAAUUCUACGACAACCAAUCUCAGACUUUGGAUGACAUCCAAGACGUGAGCGAUGAGUUCAAGCGCAUGAAGCCUGUAGGCUCGGAACUGGAUCAGAUUCGCCGCCAGCAAGAGGACUUCCGUAACUUCAGGGAGCGCAAGGUAGAACCAUUGGCCCUCAAUGUUGACAAGGUCAAUGUAGCUGGAAGGGAUCUAGUGCGCUCAGCUGGCAGUGGUGUCUCCACCACGGCCAUUGAAAAGGAUUUGGAGAGGCUGAACGACCGCUGGAACGAUCUGAAGGAACGCAUGAACGAGCGAGAUCGUCGCUUGGAUGUGGCUCUGCUGCAAUCUGGCAAGUUCCAGGAAGCAUUGGCUGGUCUAUCCAAGUGGCUCAGUGACACCGAAGAGAUGGUAGCCAAUCAGAAGCCGCCAAGCUCUGACUACAAGGUUGUGAAGGCCCAACUGCAGGAGCAAAAGUUCCUCAAGAAAAUGCUGUUGGAUCGCCAAAACUCGAUGGGUUCUCUGGCCAAUCUCGGCAAAGAAGUUGCCAAUCACUGUGAGCCCGCCGAGCGUGCCUCUAUUGAGAAGCAGUUGAACGAUCUAAUGAAGCGAUUCGAUGCCCUGACCGAUGGAGCCGAGCAACGUGAAUUGGAUCUGGAGGAAGCCAUGGAGGUGGCCAAGCGAUUCCAUGACAAGAUUAGCCCCCUGGAACUUUGGCUGGACAACACUGAACGAUCGGUUAAGGCCAUGGAACUGAUACCUACCGACGAAGAGAAGAUCCAGCAGCGUAUCCGCGAACACGAUCGCCUGCACGACGAGAUCCUGGGCAAGAAGCCCGACUUCACCGAUCUCGCUGAUGUGGCCGCCCAGCUGAUGCAUUUGGUCAGCGACGAGGAGGCCGUGAAUCUGGGCGAGAAGGUGCGCGGUGUGACUGAGAGAUACACCGGAUUGGUAGAUGCCAGCGACAACAUUGGAGCUCUGCUCGCCGAAUCCCGCCAGGGAUUGCGUCACUUGGUCUUGAGCUAUCAGGAUCUGGUGGCCUGGAUGGAGAGCAUGGAGGCCGAGCUGAAGCGCUUCAAAUCCGUUCCAGUUUAUGCUGAAAAACUUCUGGAACAGAUGGAUCAUUUGUUGGAAUUGAACGAGAACAUUGCUGGUCACGCUUCGAAUGUGGAGUCCACUGUGGAAUCCGGAGCCGAGCUGAUGAAGCACAUUUCCAACGAUGAGGCCAUCCAACUGAAGGAUAAACUCGAUUCUCUGCAGCGUCGUUAUGGUGACUUGACCAACCGUGGUGGAGAUCUGCUGAAGAGUGCCCAGAAUGCUCUGCCGUUGGUGCAACAAUUCCAUGAAGCUCACAACCGCUUGGUGGAAUGGAUGCAAAGUGCCGAGGCUGCCCUGGCUCCCAGUGAGCCCCGACAGGCUGAUGUUCUGCGUUUGGAGGGUGAAUUGGCCGAUAUGCGUCCCAUUCUGGACAGCAUUAACCAAGUGGGACCACAGCUGUGUCAACUCUCGCCAGGAGAGGGUGCCGCUACCAUUGAGAGCAUCGUCACCCGGGACAACCGUCGUUUCGAUUCCAUUGUGGAGCAAAUCCAACGUAAGGCCGAACGUCUGCACCUGAGCAACCAGCGUGCCAAGGAAGUGACCGGUGAUAUCGAUGAGCUACUCGAAUGGUUCCGCGAAAUGGACACCACACUUCGUGAGGCGGAUCUGCCGGCCAUGGAACCCAAAUUGGUGCGUGCCCAGUUGCAGGAGCAUCGUUCCAUCAACGACGACAUUUCCAGCCAGAAGGGACGUGUACGUGAUGUUACGGCCGCCUCCAAGAAGGUGCUUCGUGAAUCCCCACAGAGCGAGAACACUGCCACUCUUCGUGAGAAACUGGAUGAUCUGAAGGAGAUCGUCGACACUGUGGCUCAGUUAUGCAGCGAACGUUUGGGUAUCCUGGAGCAGGCACUGCCUCUGUCCGAGCACUUUGCCGACUCCCAUCAGGGACUCACCGCCUGGCUGGAUGACAUGGAGCAGCAGAUUUCGCGGUUGAGCAUGCCAGCUUUGCGUCCCGACCAGAUCACUCUGCAGCAGGACAAGAACGAGCGUCUGCUCCAAUCCAUUGCCGAGCACAAGCCUCUGUUAGACAAGCUGAACAAGACUGGCGAGGCUUUGGGAGCAUUGGUGGCCGAUGAUGAUAGCGCUAAGAUCAACGAGAUUUUGGACACGGACAAUGCCCGUUAUGCCGCUCUCCGUUUGGAACUGCGUGAGCGCCAGCAGGCGCUUGAGAGUGCUCUGCAGGAAUCCAGUCAGUUCUCCGACAAGCUGGAGGGUAUGCUGCGUGCUCUGGCCAACACCGUGGACCAGGUCAAUCAAUUAGAUCCUCUGUCCGCUCUGCCCCAGAAGAUUCGCGAGCAGAUCGAGGAUAAUGAUGCUUUAAUGGAUGAUCUUGACAAGCGUCAGGAUGCCUUCAGUGCUGUACAGCGGGCUGCUAAUGAUGUAAUCGCCAAGGCUGGAAACAAAUCCGAUCCCGCAGUGCGUGACAUCAAGGCCAAGCUAGAGAAGCUGAACAACCUGUGGAAGGAUGUGCAAAAUGCCACCAAGAAACGCGGCAGCUCAUUGGACGACAUCCUUAGCGUGGCCGAACCCUUCUGGAAGCAGCUUAACAGCGUUAUGAAGACCCUGAAGGAUCUGGAGGAGACACUCUCCUGCCAGGAGCCACCAGCGGCACAGCCACAAGACAUCAAGAAGCAACAGGUGGCACUGCAAGAGAUCCGUCAUGAGAUUGACCAGACCAAGCCCGAGGUGGAGCAGGUGCGUCGCCAUGGAAGCAACUUGAUGAACAUGUGCGGAGAGCCCGAUAAGCCAGAGGUUAAGAAGCACAUCGAAGAUUUGGACAAUGCCUGGGACAACAUCACGGCAUUGUAUGCCAAACGCGAGGAGAACCUCAUCGAUGCCAUGGAGAAGGCCAUGGAGUUCCACGAGACCCUGCAGAACCUUCUCAAGUUCCUGACCAAGGCCGAGGACAAGUUUGCCCAUCUGGGUGCCGUGGGUUCGGACAUUGAUGCCGUCAAGCGACAGAUUGAACAGCUCAAAUCGUUCAAGGAUGAAGUCGAUCCGCAUAUGGUUGAAGUAGAAGCAUUAAACAGACAAGCUGUGGAACUGACGGAACGCACUUCACCCGAGCAGGCGGCAUCGAUCCGCGAACCCCUGUCAGUGGUUAACCGCCGAUGGGAGGCGCUACUCCGCGGCAUGGUCGACCGCCAGAAGCAACUGGAGCACGCCCUGCUGCACUUGGGUCAAUUCCAGCAUGCUCUCAACGAGCUGCUGGUCUGGAUCAACAAGACCGACAGCACUCUCGACCAACUGAAGCCGAUUCCUGGAGACCCACAACUGCUCGAGGUUGAGUUGGCCAAGCUUAAAGUGCUGGCCAAUGACAUUCAGGCCCAUCAGAACUCAGUGGACACACUGAACGAUGCGGGCAGACAGUUGAUCGAAACCGAGAAGGGCUCUGUGGAGGCAUCUACCACCCAGGAGAAGCUCCGCAAGCUCAACAACGAGUGGAAGCAGCUACUGCAAAAGGCCAGCGACCGACAGCAUGAGCUGGAAGAAGCUCUGCGCGAGGCUCAUGGAUACAUCGCCGAGGUCCAGGAUAUUUUGGGCUGGCUGGGCGAUGUGGACGCUGUGAUUGGUGCCAGCAAACCGGUGGGAGGACUCCCUGAGACUGCCACCGAGCAGCUAGAACGCUUCAUGGAGGUGUACAACGAGUUGGAUGAGAACAGGCCCAAGGUGGAAACGAUUCAGGCCCAGGGGCAGGAGUACAUUAAGCGACAGAACCAGAUGAAGGUAUCGUCUAGCAAUUUGCAGCAUACUCUUCGUACGCUGAAACAACGCUGGGAUGCCGUGGUAUCCCGUGCAUCUGACAAGAAGAUCAAGUUGGAGAUUGCACUCAAGGAGGCAACCGAGUUCCAUGACACCCUACAAGCCUUUGUCGAAUGGCUGACCCAGGCCGAAAAGCUACUUUCCAAUGCCGAACCCGUAUCUCGAGUCCUGGAAACAAUUCAGGCCCAGAUGGAGGAGCACAAAGUGCUGCAGAAGGAUGUGAGCACCCAUCGCGAAGCCAUGCUUCUGCUGGACAAGAAGGGAACACACCUGAAGUACUUCAGUCAGAAACAGGACGUGAUCUUGAUCAAGAAUCUGCUCGUGUCUGUGCAACAUCGUUGGGAACGCGUGGUGAGCAAGGCUGCGGAACGCACUCGUGCUCUGGACCAUGGCUACAAAGAGGCCCGCGAGUUCAACGACGCCUGGAGUGGCAUGAUGCAGUAUCUGCAGGAAACCGAACAGGUGCUGGAUCAGAUCAUCGAGGAGGCCACUGCCUCCAAGGAACCACAGAAGAUCAAGAAGUACAUUGGCAAGCUAAAGGAGACGCAUCGUCAACUGGGUGCCAAGCAGUCCGUCUACGACGGCACCAUGCGCACCGGAAAGAACCUGUUGGAGCGGGCACCGAAGGGCGAUCGCCCAGUGCUCGACAAAAUGCUGCUGGAGCUGAAGGAACAAUGGACCCGAGUGUGGUCCAAGAGCAUCGACCGCCAACGCAAGUUGGAGGAGGCUUUGCUCCUUUCCGGACAGUUCAGCGAUGCUCUGGGUGAGCUGCUUGAUUGGUUGAAGAAGGCUAAGAGCCGCCUGAACGAGAACGGACCUGUCCACGGAGAUCUGGAGACUGUCCAAGGUCUAUGCGAACACCAUAAGCACAUUGAGCAGGAUCUGCAGAAGCGCGCUGCCCAGAUGCAGGGAGUCCUUAAGACUGGACGUGACCUGGAGCGGUCUGGAAACAAUCCGGAAGUUGGACGUCAGCUUGACGAAAUGCAGUCCAUUUGGGAGGAGGUUAAGAGCGCUGUUGCCAAGCGCGGCGAACGUCUCCAGGUUGCUCUCGUUGAUGCCGAGAAGCUGAAUGCCCGUGUCCAGGCUCUCUUUGACUGGCUGGAUCAUGCUGAGCACAAGCUACGAUAUGCCAAGAAUGCUCCUGAUGAUGAGAAGGUAUCGCGCGAAAUGAUGGACAUCCAUAUGGAGUUCAUGAAGGAUUUGCGAGUUCGCGAACGCGAGAAGACCGAGACUUUCGAGUACGCCGAGGACAUCAUCAACAAGGCCUAUCCCGAUGCCAUUCCAAUCAUUAAGAACUGGCUGUCAAUCAUUCAGCAACGCUGGGAGGAGGUGCGCCAAUGGGCCAUCAACCGCGAAUCCAAGCUGGAGCAGCACCUGCAGUCGCUUAAGGACUUGGACGACACCAUCGAAGAGCUGCUGGCCUGGCUCAGCGGUCUUGAGGGCACUCUAUUGAACCUGAAGCACGAGCAAUUGCCUGAUGAGAUUCCUCCAGUGGAGAAACUGAUCGAGGAUCACAAGGAGUUCAUGGAGAACACGGCCCGCCGCCAGAACGAAGUGGACCGUGCCUGCAAGCCAAGACCACUGCCACCAGGUGCCCGCAAGCCAUCGCGCAGCGGCAAGACGCCAGUUCGUGGCUCCAGUCACGAUCUGCGUGAGCAGUCACCCGACGGCACCCUGAGGCGUCAAAGCUUCAAGGGAUCUCGUGACCAGGGACUCAAUGCCCGCAAGGGAAGUCGUCUCACGCCCACACGUGACACGCCCGACAGAGAUCGCCUGCCGCACUAUGGCCCAAGAUUCUCGCCAAGCACCGCUGGACCGGAACUGGACUUCCGUUCGCCACGCGCCAGGCUUCUGUGGAACAAGUGGCGCGAUGUCUGGAUGCUCUCAUGGGAGCGCCAGCGUCUGCUCAACGAUCAUCUCCUGUAUCUGAAGGAUGUGGAACGUGCCCGCAACUUCAGCUGGGACGAUUGGCGCAAGCGCUUCCUGAAGUACAUGAACCACAAGAAGUCGCGCUUGACGGAUCUGUUCCGCAAAAUGGACAAGGACAACAAUGGCAUGAUUCCACGCGAUGUCUUCAUCGAUGGCAUACUCAAUACGAAAUUCGAUACCUCUGGCUUGGAAAUGAAGGCUGUGGCCGAUCUGUUUGAUCGCAAUGGCGAGGGACUCAUCGACUGGCAAGAGUUUAUUGCUGCCCUCCGUCCCGAUUGGCAAGAGAGGAAGCCGGCCAAUGAUUCGGACAAAAUCCAUGACGAGGUCAAACGUCUGGUCAUGCUGUGUACUUGCCGACAGAAGUUCCGAGUAUUCCAAGUUGGCGAAGGCAAAUACAGAUUUGGAGACUCCCAGAAACUGCGCCUGGUUCGCAUCCUUCGCAGCACUGUUAUGGUGCGCGUGGGCGGUGGAUGGGUUGCCCUGGAUGAAUUCCUGCAGAAGAACGAUCCUUGCCGCGCCAAGGGACGCACUAACAUUGAGCUACGCGAGCAAUUCAUAUUGGCCGAUGGCGUAUCUCAGAGCAUGGCCGCAUUCACGCCCAGACGUUCCACGCCCAAUGCGGCCGCCACUGCCUCCUCCUCACCCAAUGCCCAGAAUGGCGGCAGCUCCAACUUGCCGCCAUAUAUGAGUGGACAGGGUCCCAUCAUCAAGGUGCGCGAACGUUCUGUUCGUUCUAUACCCAUGUCGCGACCAUCGCGCUCAUCACUCUCGGCCAGCACUCCCGACUCUCUGAGCGACAACGAGGGCAGCCACGGAGGACCUUCGGGCCGUUACACACCCCGCAAGGUUACCUAUACGAGCACGCGCACAGGUCUCACGCCAGGAGGCUCACGCGCUGGCUCUAAGCCCAACUCGCGCCCGCUCAGCAGACAAGGAUCGAAGCCGCCGUCCCGGCAUGGAUCCACGCUGUCGCUGGAUAGCACUGACGAUCACACUCCCUCACGCAUUCCGCAACGGAAGCCCUCGACGGCAAGCACCGCCAGCGGCACCACACCGCGCCCAGCGCGACUUUCGGUGACCAGCACUACGACUCCCGGAAGUCGUCUAAAUGGAACCAGCACCAUCACCCGCAAGACCGCCUCCGGUUCGGCCAGUCCGGCACCCACAAGCCGGCCAUCAAGGAUACCGAUUAAGAUACCCUCAUUCGAUUCCAAGUCAACAUCGCCCAGCUCGGCUACGAAUCCAACCAGCUUGGGGCGGAAUAUCAGCGGUAGCUCCACGCCAUCCGGCAUGCAAACGCCGCGAAAGAGUUCAGCAGAGCCCACUUUUAGCUCGACAAUGCGACGCACUUCGAGGGGAACCACACCGACGGAGAAGCGUGAACCGUUCCGGCUAUAAAAAGGACACUAUAUAGAUGAGGAUGACAAUAGAGAAGCAAAAGAAUGCCAAUAUUUAAAACACAACAUACACACACAACCUUACGUACUAACUACGCACUGAAGUUCUAAACUAAAUCCAAAACCCUCCCAAAAAAAGAAGGAAAGAAAUUAAUCAAGACUACAUUAGCAAUGAAUGUAGCAGAGGAACAGCACACAGUUUUAAAGAGACUAACAUUGAAGUGCCCUAAUGGAGUGGAAGAGAGAGAAACAAUUUAUAGAUGUUUAUACUAUAUAUAUUUUGUAAAAGACACACACAGUUAAGAAUGAAAAGUUAUGCAGACAUAUAGCUAGCACACAAAGUUGAUCAGACAAGCAACCUACUUACGAGUACUACUACUAUACUAAUACUACCUUUUGCUACUACUAAUUUGUAAUGCCCACUACCCUUUAUUCACUAGUUAUACACGUUUCCAAAAUUAUGAUUUGUAUAUACUUAUAAAGCGAAAAGCAAGCGUAAAUUAAUGAAAAAUACACUCCAAGUGCUCUAAGGCAAUUAAACAAAAUUAAAAAAAAAAAAAAUACAAAGAAUAAAAAAACAAAAAAUAUAUAGAAAAAAAACAUUCGAAUGAAAUGUCGUUGCCUCUGCUGCAAAACCAUCUUGAGUUUAAGGUCUCCACUGGAAUCGCCAGUCUGGUGGAUACACUUGGCAAAGAUUGGGGCGGGGCAGAGGCGAAACGGUCAAAAAAAUAACUAAACCCGUUAAAAAAGAGAUAAAAUUUGAUUUUGUUCUGUUAUUAAACUAAUAGGAAAGUGAAAAUUAUAAGCCGCAUAAAAGAAAAUAUUUAAUUAUAUACUAAAAGUCAUUACUAUAAGUUUAAUUAAUAUUUAACUGUUAAGCGACAAAAACACACACGCAGAUUUUUUUAUUGCAUAAUUAUUUUGUUUUUUAUAUGCAAUAUCAGCGAACGAAAUACGAUUCAAAAGGGCGAAAUGAAAACGAACCCGUUUAUAUAAAUAUUGUAAAAUACUAAUACUAAAUUAUUUUGUUGUACGAAACGAAAGAAAUGCAUUAAAACUCGUUUUUUGUAAUUCUAUUAAAUUAAAACAAUUUAAAUGAGAAAUAAACAUUUACAAAAAAUAACAACAUAA